GAAAAACGGAGGGGGUCAGAGGGCGCAGUGCAUUGUGGGUUAGUCCGCCGCCAUAUGUGUCUUUCUGCCGGCUGAAGGAGAGAGCUGGGAGUCAUGAAAGGAGUCCGUUCAUUGAAUAAUUUCUCGAAACGUUGCUACGCCUCUGCCAGGCAGGGCCAGACUCUAACUGAACCCUUUUCAAAUGUGAAACCUGUCCAAGCUGCACCUUUUUCUCCUCAAGAUGUGCAAGUGUCGAAACUCCCAAAUGGGCUGGUGAUAGCGUCGGUGGAAAACUACUCCCCUUUGUCAAGUGUCGGGGUGUUUAUAAGAGCCGGAAGUCGCCAUGAGAAUUUGGAGAACCUGGGAGUCUCUCAUGUGCUUCGACUUGCUGCUAACCUGACCACAAAGGGAGCAUCUGCUUUCAAGAUCUGUCGCAGCUUGGAGGCUCUAGGAGGAAGCCUGAGUGUGAAAGGGUCGAGAGAAAAUAUGAUCUACUCUGCAGACUGCCUGAGAGAUGACCUAGGUUCGUUGCUGGACCUUCUGGGCAACGUGACUACAGCUCAGGAGUUUCGGCCGUGGGAGGUGGACGAGCUGACAUCCAGGGUGAAGAUUGACAGGGCUCUGGCUCAGCAGUGUCCACAGAUAAGUAUAAUUGAGAAGUUGCAUGAAGCAGCAUAUAAGAAUGCCUUGUCCAACUCUCUGUACUGCCCUGACUUCAUGGUUGGUCGUAUCUCCUCUGAACAGCUCCACUCCUUUGUUAAGGAUAAUUUCACCACUGGCAGAAUGGCCCUUGUAGGAGUAGGUGUCAAUCACUCUGUCCUGAAGCAGGUGGGUGAGGGUCUUCUGAGCACUCGCAGUGGAGCCGGAGCACCUGUUGAUAAAGCAGCUUACCGUGGAGGUGAACUGCGCGUGCAGAAUGGAGAUGACCUAGUCCACGCGCUGGUCGUUAGCGAGGGUGGUGUAACGGGCACAGCCGAAGCCAAUGCCUUCAGCGUCCUGCAAAGAAUCCUGGGAGCCAGCCCUCAUGUGAAGCGGGGCUCCAGCAUCACCAGUAAACUGAGCCAGGGAGUUGCCAAAGCUACCGCUCAGCCAUUUGAUGCCACUGCUUUCAAUGCCUCAUACUCUGACUCUGGACUGUUUGGUGUCUAUACCAUUGCACAAGCUAACUCUGCCAGAGAGGUAAUCAGAGCUGCCGUUGCUCAGGUGAGAGGUGUUGCAGAGGGAAACGUAACAGAGGCAGACAUCAUCAGGGCAAAAGACCAGGCGAAAGCAGAGUAUUUGAUGUCCAUAGAGAGCUCUGAGGGCCUGCUGGAGGAGAUCGGGGCUCAGGCUCUAAACACUGCAGCCUACCAGGCUCCUGAAUCCGUCCUCCAUGCUAUCGAUGCCAUCACCAAGGCUGACGUAGUUAAGGUUGCCAGAAAAUUUGCUGACGGCAAGAAGACCAUGGCAGCAAGUGGACAUCUUGUUAACACACCAUUUGUAGAUGAAUUAUGAAAAAGAAAAUCAUGUAGAGACCAUUUAUGUCGCCAGUGUUGGUGCACUGGCAUAAAUAAGAGAAAACAAAGCGAGUUGCAGAAUCAUAUUCUAUCAGAAUCACAUUUUAUCUGUUUUUCAAUGAAAAUUAAAGUACAGGCUAUAAAACAGCUGUUUGUUGGAUACAUUCUGCAUCUCGAUCUGAAAUUGAUCAUAUUCUUAUGUGAUGAAAGUCUGAUGGAUAAGACAGCUACUCUUCUUUAAAUAAAAAUAUUCCAUGCCAGGUUCUCACAGGACAUCAACACUAUGAAGACAUGGGAAUUGGAAGCAUUUUUGCUUUUUUUCAGCACAAACUUUCAUCAUGAAAAUGUACUGUUUUGAUCCUCGGCCAGUGGAGGGACCCAAAAGCAAGCACAAGGAUCAGCUCAGGUGUGAGAAUGAGGGACGGUUAAUCCAAAUUUGUGCACCACGUUUGGUUGUUCUUUCUUCAGGUUUUACACCAAUCAUGUGGUCUCUGGCAUUUAUUAGUUCACUGUGUCGUUAUUGUCAAAAUGUACAUAAAGAAAAUAAAAUUAUUAUAGAUUCAUUUUA